ACUUACAGACCUCAUGUUUUGCUUCGUGACUGUUACAACGUCAUACUCUUACGCGAGAAUCGCCUCGAUUGAGAUUACAUGACAAGUAAUGUCCAAAGAUAAAUAGCAUAAAUAUUCGAUAUUAGCCAUGUAUGUGUACCAUCACUCAACCAUCAAGCUCGAACACCAGUACGAAUCACAUCAACACCAGAUCAGCCUUCUCUCCUCCCAAACCUUUUUCCAGUAUGCUCGCAAAAUUCGCCCUCCUCGCUGUGGCGAUUCUUUCUGCCAACGCUGCGACCCUGCCUCAGCUUGAAUCCAGACAGGAUAUCGCUCAAACCUUUGUUACCUUCUGGAGGAAGGGCUGUGGCAUCGAUCCCUGCGACAGCGACCUGGGGUGCCAAAGGACCAUCCCUUUCGGAGGGCAAUCCCCAACCAAAGAGGGCGAGUGUUACGCGAACCCAGACCAGUCCUACCGCUCGCUUCAACUGGAAGUGCUGGACGACACCAAGUGGGAAAUCGAUGUCUUCUCCGGCGAUGGCUGCAACAACUUUAUCACGACCAUCGACACGCCAUCCUGCUAUCUCCAGCCGGAUGGACAAGUCAUCGUCAGCUUCAGAGCGCGCAAGCUUUAGAUGACUGAGGAACAGUGUGGGUUCGUGCUGUGGGAAUGACAGGGCGAUCAAGCGGAAACAAUAUAGAGAGCGCAAUCUGAAUCUUAUCGCAUCCUCGACCGU